AGACUUGUCUUCUGUCAGCUAGUCAUACCUGAUAAAAUCUGGCCAGUUCUAAUCUUGAAGUACAAUAUCUAACACUAGGCUAUUCAUGUCCUCCACCUCUCGUCAGCCUCCGUCAUGGCCUUCUCAUAUCCAGUAUAUCAACGCUCCUCGUUAUCAUUCUUCUGUGCCAGGCCCCUUGCGCUCUUUCCUCAUCAGUGGCACUAGUUCCGCCCUCCAGAAAACACCAAAUUCAUUUCCUUCGACAUCUCUAGUUCGCAUAAGAUCUAUUGCAGAACCUUCUCACCCUGCACGAGGACAGAACGGCCUUUUUGCCGUUCGAAAGAUACCCCCUAGGUCACAUAUCAUCGACUAUAUCGGAGAAGUGCAUUGCCAGGAUAGAGCUGACUCCGACUACGAUCUUUCACUUUUUCGAUCCCAGGAUGGGGAUAAUAUAGGUGUGGAUGCCAGUAUCAUGGGUAACGAGGCUAGAUUUGUCAAUGAUUACCGCGGUAUUCGAGGUAAACCCAAUGCUGUUUUUGUUGAGAGCCGGACGUCGCGAGGCGAACUACAGAUGAGCAUUUGGAGUUCCAAAGAUUCGAUACAAAAGGGAGAUGAGAUCUUGGUAUCCUACGGGAAAUGUUGGUGGCGCACCCGAACAGCUCAAACAGACGCAACUGUACCCCAUUCUGCUUGACCAAAAGGAUCAUCAUCCAGCUUUAUCACCUUCCUAACCACGGUCCGUAAUAUCCUUUUCUCCAGUCGAACACUGAUACUAAACAGUGGUAAUACGUCCAGGGGAACCCAGAUCGCUAGAAGUUUGAACGGUAGAUCUGAAAGUCAAAUCGUGACCACCUUGGUUGGAAAUGACCUUGCAAACAUUUUACGUGUGCUUCUGGAAUGUGACCAGUCAUAUGUCAUUUGUAGGCCUAAUAUGAAUCAUGAACACUUGAUAGGGGACCUGCUCGAGGCAGCUGUUACAUUGCUACCCAUGUACACAUUGAAUCGGUACGCUUGGCCUUGCCGCACUCGUCUCAAACGUGCUAGUCUUAUACUUAUAAGAUCUGACUGUUGAUAUCUUCGAUAAUUGCAACUUAAUGAAGAGCUGUCUUUUCGGAAG